AUGGUGCGCAAUCUGAUGAAGUUCAUCACGCGUAGCGACGGCGAUCGACGCAUCGAACUUCUGCCGGCCGUCCGCGGGGAGGUGGAGGCGAUGUGCCGCGCGCAGGACGCGCAGGCGGUGUACAUGAUGGGCAAACAAGUCAUGAAGAUCCGCAGGGGGCAUGGCAGCAUCGUCAAGUCGGUGAUUCGCAGACUAGCGCUGGAGGCGUUCUUGUGGAUUCGCGAGAACUCGCGGACGAAAUUGGCGGACCUGGAUAUUGAUGUGGAUAACUUGAUUGAGAUCGGGUUCGUCAAGGAGAUCUAA